AUGGCCCAAGAGAUAGAUAAGCUCGGAGAGAAGUGCAGCGAGCUUGACAGCACGGCUCGCCGCAUGAGUGCGCAAGAUGAAGCAGCACGGCAACAAUGUGCAUCGCGAGCAACACAACUACAAGCGUUACAAGGGGAGCUCGAAGGCGCUAGAAGGAAGUUGAGUGAGGCUGAGCAACGGGUUGCUAGAUAUCGCGCUGAGAAAUUCAAAGCCGAAAGAGAAGUUCAAGACAUCCAAUGGGACCAGUCCAAGAGGGAUAAUCGGAACGACUCACGGCUCAGGGAACUGCAGAAAACGGCUUCAUGUUUGAAGUGUGCAUAUCAGUCUGCUUUCGCCUUGAAUAAGGAGAGUGAAGACCUUUGCACUUGCUUGCAACUCCGUCUAAAAGCAAAGUCGGAAAAGAUACUCAAUUUGCAGAAUCAAAAUUCUCGCCUGAAGCAAUCACUCAAUUGUAGGAUCACUGAGCUCAUGCAACAGGAUGAGAGUAGGGAGGAAGACACUUCAACAGACGGGAUUCGAAGCGCGUACGAGUUGGCUCGGGAGAAUGAACUUCUGAAGG